AUGUUGAUCAUGCUGCAGGAAAGCAUGAAGCUAUUCAGGUCCCAUAUUGCUUCCCAGUGCUUCACAUCGAGACUCCCAAUGCGAUGGAAAGUCUCCAUGGCUUCCCAAGCCACUGUCGAAAUUGAUCAGGCCACUCGACCUGAAAAUGCAAAACCAUUUUCUUCCAUUCCUGGUCCUCUGUGCCUUCCUUUGAUUGGAACCGCUUGGGACACCUUGCCAUUUAUCGGCCAUGGCUUUCAAGCCAAGAAGCUGCAUGAAAGAGGCUUCAGACAUCUCAAGGACUUUGGGCCUAUUUGGAAACUCAGAUUCCCACCCUUGCCUCAUAUAGUGUUCCUCACUGAUCCGCAUGAUAUUGAGACAAUGUUUCGAGUUGAAGGGAAAGUUCCCAUUCGUCACAUGCUGCGGUCUUUGAAGCAUUACAGGACAGUUACAAGAAAAGAAAGUUAUGACAACCCUGGCAUUGUCUUAGCGAGUGGUGAGCAAUGGUACAAAGUGAGGAGUCAAGUUCAGCAGAGCCUGAUGAAGCCUCAGUCCAUUUACAUGUAUAUUCAUCAGAUGACUCAAGUGUGUGAUGAUUUUAUUACCCGCAUUCGCUUCAUUCGCAAUGAGGAUGGCGAGGUGCCAUCAGAUUUUCAGAAUGAACUCUACAAGUUCUCCCUUGAAGCCAUAAGCUGCGUGGCUCUUGAUACAAGACUGGGAUGCUUGGACCAGCACUUGGCACCAGAUUCUGCUCCUCAGCUCCUCAUCAAUGCUGUGUUUGAGACAUUUUCAGCUUUCAGUUACCUGGAGCCACGACCUCCUUACUGGCGUCUCUUUCCAACUCCUUCAUGGAGACGACUUGUCAAAGCUCAGGACACAUGCACUGAGAUUUGCUGCAAGUACAUUCAGACAGCUUUGGACAGAAUUGAAAAGCAAAGGCGAGAUGACGAUGCAGACCCAACUGUGUUAGAAAUGCUGCUGUCCAAUGAAAAGUUGACUCAGCAGGAGGUUUUGACCAUGAUCACUGAUAUGCUCAUAGCUGGAAUUGACACUACUGGAAAUUGCCUUGGGUUUACCCUCUAUCAUCUUGCAAAGAACCCAGCCAUUCAAGCUAGGUUAAAGGAAGAAGUGCAGAAAGUUCUACCUAACAAGGAUGACUCCAUAACUCAUAAGGAAUUGGACCAGCUUAGGUAUCUGAAGGCAUGCAUCAGGGAGAGCCUCAGGAUGACUCCUGUUGCUGCUGGAAUCUUCAGAGAGAUGCCAAAAGAUGUUAUUAUUGGAGGAUAUCACAUUCCCAAAGGAAAAUGGGUUGUUGCUUUGACUCAUGUUUCUGCUAUGCGUGAAGAAAACUUUUCAAACCCUGAGAAAUUUGAUCCAUCACGCUGGCUUCGAGGAACUGGUGACAAGGCACAUCCCUUUGCUGCCUUGCCGUUUGGAUACGGACCAAGGAUGUGCAUAGGACGUAGACUAUCUGAGCAAGAAAUGUGGCUAUUGCUUGCCAAGGUGAUCCAGAACUUUUGGAUUGAAUAUCAUCAUGAGGAUAUCUCCAUUGAGAGCAGGUUCAUCUUCUCACCAGACAAGCCUUUGAGCUCUCANGAACUCUACAAGUUCUCCCUUGAAGCCAUAAGCUGCGUGGCUCUUGAUACAAGACUGGGAUGCUUGGACCAGCACUUGGCACCAGAUUCUGCUCCUCAGCUCCUCAUCAAUGCUGUGUUUGAGACAUUUUCAGCUUUCAGUUACCUGGAGCCACGACCUCCUUACUGGCGUCUCUUUCCAACUCCUUCAUGGAGACGACUUGUCAAAGCUCAGGACACAUGCACUGAGAUUUGCUGCAAGUACAUUCAGACAGCUUUGGACAGAAUUGAAAAGCAAAGGCGAGAUGACGAUGCAGACCCAACUGUGUUAGAAAUGCUGCUGUCCAAUGAAAAGUUGACUCAGCAGGAGGUUUUGACCAUGAUCACUGAUAUGCUCAUAGCUGGAAUUGACACUACUGGAAAUUGCCUUGGGUUUACCCUCUAUCAUCUUGCAAAGAACCCAGCCAUUCAAGCUAGGUUAAAGGAAGAAGUGCAGAAAGUUCUACCUAACAAGGAUGACUCCAUAACUCAUAAGGAAUUGGACCAGCUUAGGUAUCUGAAGGCAUGCAUCAGGGAGAGCCUCAGGAUGACUCCUGUUGCUGCUGGAAUCUUCAGAGAGAUGCCAAAAGAUGUUAUUAUUGGAGGAUAUCACAUUCCCAAAGGAAAAUGGGUUGUUGCUUUGACUCAUGUUUCUGCUAUGCGUGAAGAAAACUUUUCAAACCCUGAGAAAUUUGAUCCAUCACGCUGGCUUCGAGGAACUGGUGACAAGGCACAUCCCUUUGCUGCCUUGCCGUUUGGAUACGGACCAAGGAUGUGCAUAGGACGUAGACUAUCUGAGCAAGAAAUGUGGCUAUUGCUUGCCAAG